AACGCUCACUAAAUCCUAACCCUAACCCGCUCAGCCCUUCCGCAACCGAUCUUAGCCUAGCAUAGCCGAGCCUUCCAGCUAACCGAUACAUCAAGCCCGAGGUUGACGUCAUUUCGGGCGUAAAUGUGCGCAAUUUCGUUCCAACUCGACUAUUGCGUUUAUCCAUCAAAGCCUCUGCGCUGAUUAUUGGGACGGGAGGGUCGCGAUGGCAGCCCCCGAGUGUUCCCACAAAGCACAAGAGCCAAGUGUAACACAGUCUUUGUGUUUGGGAGCUGAUGAGACGAAACGCUGCGGCAAGAUGGACCUGUGAUGUGCACGCUCGCCGCUUUAAUUCGCUUCGCGUUGAGCUUUUGUAGUAAAGGGACGACGGACGACGCGCGCUUGUUGUGCUGCCGGGCUAGCGAGUGACUCAACAUCAGGCGGGUGGGGGGGAAGCCGGAUACUUAAUUAAAGAAGACAAAAUAGAAAACAUCUUCAUGUCUCGGCUUGAACCUGCACCGCAGGCGCUUAUCGUCAUGCCGAUGGUGGACGAGUGAGGAGUGAGCCCCUUGUGGUCCUCUCCGUGCAACACACACACACACACAAACACACACUUCCUUCAUGGAUUCCAACAACGAUGACACUCUGGAUAUCAUCAUCACCAAUGUGGUGGCGACUUUCAGGACCAGGUGCCACCUCAACCUGCGCACUAUCGCCCUGGAGGGAACCAACGUCAUCUACAAGCCGGAGGUGGGGAAAGUCCUCAUGAAGCUCCGUAAACCCAAGAUCACCGCUUCCAUCUGGUCCUCUGGGAAAAUUAUCUGCACCGGAGCAACAAGCGAAGAAGAGGCGAAGCAGGGUGCUCGCCGGUUGGCACGAUGCCUGCAAAAAAUCGGCUUCAAGGUGAGGUUCUCGGCCUUCAAGGUGGUGAACGUGCUGGCUGUGUGCUCCAUGCCCUUUGCCAUCCACCUGGUGGACUUCACCAAGAAGAACCGGCCCAUUGCCAGUUACGAGCCCGAGCUCCACCCCGCCGCCACCUACAGGAUCAAAACCAUCAAGGCCACCAUCCAGGUGUUCUCCACGGGCAGCCUCACAGUCACAGGACCAAACGUGCAGAACGUGGCCACGGCGGUGGAGCAGGUGUACCCGCUCCUCUUUGAGUGCAAGAAGCCGCUCUGCAAGUGAGAAGCGCUUCCGGUUCGGCCUAGGUCGUCGUCGUCCUCUGACGGGCGGCGCCUUUUGCAACGGAUGCCGACACGGACCGCUGUUUGUGGACUCGCAGUCGUUUCAGAAGUGCACAAACGCAAGCGCUUGCCUUCGAUAGCCGCCGCCCUGCCAUCCGCGCAAUCAACCAGGAAGUUGACCGUUUUCUCCGUCCACGGCAAACAACAAAACAUCUCUUCAUCUCUUAACGGUCAGCUAUUCACUCGACGGCGGCGGCGUACACUCAACGCUUGUACAUUUGGACACACUCGCUGUAAAUUGUAAAUAUUUUGUAUUGUUGUUAUUCGAGGAUCGACUCUGUGCAGGAUAACUUUUGAGUAUACGUCUUGAUGCGGCUUGAGAAGAUUUCAACAGCUACAAACUUGAAACGUAAGCUCCGUUACGGUUGACGUGGUGCUGACGCGACGGGUGAGACGGCUUUUGAAUAUCUAACCCACUCACUACUCUUAACUGCGGUCGAUGACAUCCAGUUCAUUUAAAAAUGGCUCGGAGCCAUUCGAGGGCGACGUUCUUGGCGCGGCUCUGCCAUGUUUUACCGCCACUUAAAAGAUGUGUGACUCUUGUGUAUUUUAUAUCAAAAUAAAGAUGUCAUCAAUCAA